AUCUAAACCACUUUCUCGAAGAAAAAAAUUCAAUUCUCAAGAAAAGAUAAUUAGAGAGAGAUGGCUCAUAUUCCAGCGCCAGUUAACGCCUUUAACCUUCAAGACCAAGUAGAUGUAGACGAAGCAAUGGCGCAGAUUCUCCACCAUUCUCAGUUUGACUGGCUAAGUCAAGCUGAGAUGCUGGCGAUUUACGCGCAGCACGAGCACUUCGAGAUGAGUCAUGGGAAGUUUGGGCCGGCGCCGCCAAUUCAAGAAGGACUGUACUUUUACGAUUCGGCAAGAUUCUCAGAUCGGUAUCAAUGGACUCAGGUGCCUGGCGCGCGCCGUCGGAACUGUGUAUCCGGUCCAACAAUAGAAGGCCAGCUGAUAAACUACACGGAAGCGCGGGUGCCUGUGCCGAAUGGAUCCUUCAGACGGCGGAAUCACCACCACGUCGACGACGAGCGACUCUGCCUUGUUCAUUAUCAGAUCCGUGCCCCCGACGGCGGUCCUGCGGUGGUAGCCGAUGAAGAUGGUGAUUCGGAGAGCGACGAGUCAUCCGAAGAUGAUUCCGAGAGCGACGAUUCAUCCGAAGAAGAGUCCGAAGAAGACGGGUCCUCCGAAGAUUCCUCCGACAAUGACGAUCCUCAAGAAGGAGAGCAAGUGACCGUCUCUGGUGCUCUCGCACUUGAUCUGAUCGAGCAGAGUUAUGCUGUGAAGGCUUGGGGUGAAGCUGCUUUGCUUCUGACUGCUGGUGCCAAAGGAAAUCGUUCUGCAUCGCCUCCCAUUGCUCGAUUCCAAGGACAAGCAACUGAUGUUGAAACUGCAAGGAAAGAAAUCAGGCACAUAAGGACAGAAAUGGUCAAGCUGCCUUCAAAGCAUAUUGGCAAAUCACCGGAGCAGAUUGAAGCUGACUUGAAACACCCUGAAUAUUUCAGUCCCAGUGAGGCUGUUGAAGAUGGAAUCUUUGAUAAGGUGGUUUACAACGAAAGGAUCAGCCAAGACAAAGGAGUACUGUUGAGCCGCUUUUCAGCUGGGAACACGCCUGACGUCUCGUUUGAUAACUCUCCCACCGAGGAGCAUGUUAGAGGCUCUUUGGAUUCCGUAGCGGAUAAGUUUGGUGAACGACGUCCUCGAAGGGCUUUUGUGUAAGCAACUAUGCCUAUUUGACUUACAGUAACAGCACAGAAGAUUGCAGCGUUGACGAGGCAAAGAGCACAGGAAUAUAAUCACUCUUUCUUUUUUUGUUCAAUAUUCUCAUUCUCAUACAAUUAGGUCUCAAAUCUGUGAGUAACACUUGUAUAGAGAUUUAGACAUAAAUACAAAAGUGCGUGAUAAUUGAGGUGAACUAAAUGAUUUCCCUUCU